AUGUCCUUCGAAGGCCUCCAGGAGCGCUUGGUAGCUCUGCAGGAGACGACAACGCAGCUCAAGGAGCUCAUCGACCGACUCGCGACCCUAAAGUUUGAGCCCGGCUCCGUGCCCCUCACCACCGAUGAAGAGAACAGCGUGAGCGGCGAGCUCGGCGCGGAGAUUACGCAUAUCCUGCGGGACGGGGAGGAGGAUCAGGAGCUCCUGCAAGAAGAGGUGGAAUAUUUUCGUGGAGCCGAGCAUGACAAGGAGAGAUUGCGGGAGGGCGCCGAGAAGAUAGGAAAGGACCUGGCAAGCUGUCGCCUAUCCUUCCGAAAAGCCCGAUUGUCCGCGAAGAACAGCCUGGUGCAAGCGCAGAGGCUGGAACGAGAACUACUCAUCCGGUCUUACUCGCAGUCUGCAUCCGGGACCAGCUCCCCUCUACCGGGGGAAGAAAAGGUCCCCGUCAUCGCCCGCCCCACGCGCCAGCCGUCACAGCAGCAGCAUCAGUCGAGCCUCACCGAGGAUGACCAGCAAAUUGUCGGCGCCAGCAGCAACAUGACCAGCGCCCUGCGCCGGACGCACGACCUCAUCGCCGCGGAGCUGGAGCGCAGCGAGUACGCCCACCAGACGCUGACCGAGUCGUCGGCCGCGCUCAAGCAGCUCAACGAUUCAUACGGCGACCUGGACAGCAUGCUGGCGAGCUCCAAGGAUCUGCUCGGCACGCUGUUGCGGUCGCAGAAGAGCGAUACCUGGUACCUCCAGACGGCCAUGUACAUGCUCAUGGUUACGGGUGCGUGGCUCGUCUUUAGGAGGAUUCUCUACGGGCCGAUGUGGUGGCUCAUCUGGCUGCCUAUGCGACUCAUCUUUGGCACGGGCGUCAAGGUUGGGGGUGCGGUGAUGCAGGGAAGGUCAGUAGCGGGAGAGUCUGGCAAAAUGGACGUGGGACAAGAGAACCAAGAGAUUCCCGUUAAAGGUCUACCGAACAAGGAUCUGCCUACGGCGAAAGUGGGCGAGGAGACUAUGGAUUCGGAGUCGGUGCUAGAUGAUGUAGAAAAGAUUGUCGAGGCCGUCAACGAGGCCGAGAAGCUCGACAACAUCCCUGAGGACAAGGAUGCCGUGGUGGAUGGAGCCCGGAACACCAAGAAGAGAAUGUGGGAAGAGACCGAGGGGGUGACAGAAGCAGGACGGCAGAGAGACGAGCUCUGA